UCCCCAUUUUCUGUUCCAGGAUAUGUUACCUUCGUUAUCAAUAGGAAUUCCAUGUCUGGCUAUUCCUGCUUAUAUGGCACCUAUAUACUACAGAAUGAAAAAUGCCUUAGAAGCUGGAGACUCAGAAACUGCUCAAAGAGACCAAUUGAUGGCUGUGAAUGUAGUGAAAAUUACCUCCAAACACAAUGACGAACUCGUCUCCAGAGAGAAAGCCAUGUUGUCCUUAUUUGGUAUGGAUCUGGGCCCCACAAGGUUACCGCUUGUCAGCAUGCCAGAAGAGCAGAAGAUUGCCAUGAAGUCAGAACUUGAAGAAUUGGGAUUCUUGUUUCGGUCGUAAUAAUGGAUUCUAAAAGUGGUGCUGACAGUGACGAUGAUGACGAUGAUGAUGAUGGUGAUGAUGAUGACAAUGUCAAUGAUGAUGAUGAUGAUGAUGAUGAGAUGGUGGUAGACUUACGCUGUUGUAAUUGGUGUUCAUCAUUAUCAUCACCACCACCACCACCACCACCUCCACCACCAUCAUCAUUGUCCUCAUCGUCGUCAUCACCAUCAUCAUCACCAUCAUCAUUGCCAUCAUCAUCACCAUCAUUGUCUUUCUUCAUUGUUGUCAUCAUCAGAGUUUUGUCAUCACACAUAAGCAUGUGUAUAUAAUUUUGAGGAUGAUAAUGAUGACAAUGAGGAGAAGGAGGAGGAGGAUAACCACAUCAUCAUCAUCGUCGUCAUCAUCAUCAUCAUUAUCAUUAUCAGCUGGAAAUGAAUUAAUUAUUGACAGCAACAGUUGUUUAUCAGUGCUGUCAUCAGCAUCCUCUUCAGCAUCAUCAUCAUCAUCCUCAUCAUGUACUUUAUUGUCAUCAUCACUGAAACUGUCUUCGUGAUGACAAGAGGAAUUUAAAAGAAACAAACUGAUAAAGCAAAAAUCCCAAAAUAAAUGUAUAUAAGUUUAAUAAUUGGAAAAA